CCUGACAAAAAAUAUCUUUAUAUAUAAAGAACACUUUCAAUCUCUCCUGGUGGUGCCAGCUCGGAUGCCACGUCAUCAAUUAAUGCUCUGGUGAUGCGACAUCUGUCCCUCAUUAACAAAACGCUUUAACCCUAAUUUUGAUCCAUCGGGAAUUUGGAGAUCGUCUCUCCCUUCCUCGCCUGACUUCUGAGUUUCUUUACCCUGACUGAAACCAUAGGAGUUGUAACGUCAUCUUUAUUCCAAUUAAUUUCGUCGCCCAGUAUGAGAUCUUGAAUGCGUUGUUCAUAUCUUCGAGGCGGUGCCUGAUCUGUAUAUAUAAAGAUGCAAAGUUCUGUUUCAUCAUUUGGAUGAAGACCCCCCCCCCCCAAAUCUGACUGACUUCGCUACACAUACGUUUCGACACAAGGGACUCUGAAGCUUACUUAUUACCCAUCUAUGCAUUUGGAGAAGCAUGAUGACUUACUCAAAGAAGCUCAUCAUACCUUAUCACAAGAACUCCAGAAACUCAUGGUGGAAGAACAGAUGCUGAUGCAUAAACUAUAUGAGCAAUGGUUUACUCUUCGUUAAAAAAGAAGAAGGGCUCGAAAGGUAAAAACAAAGCAAGAAAUCACAGGAGUGAGAUCCCACAGCAGCAGACUAACGCCACCAAAAGACACAAGGAGGAUGCUUCAUCUGGUGAUGAGCUACAAGAUUCAAAGAGAGGACGUACGAAAUUGGAGCGUUGGGCAAGCCACAAAGAGAGAGAUGAUGCUGUCACUGUCAAGGCAUCAUCCACUUCUUCAAAACUUCAAGAGAAGGAAAAAGGCACUAAUGGCCGAGUUCUCGAACCUGUCCAUGACAAGAAUCGGGAUGUAACUGAAGAGAAAAGUAGCCAUGACCCUGCAGAGACCAAAGAUAUAAGUGAGAAGGGACCUCCAGGAGAUCGACACUUGGACAUGGUUGAGAAACUCAAAGAACGUAGUGAACAUUUCAAACUUCCAAUGCCCACGGAGAAAGAUACCACAGGAGGAGUAAAGAAAAUGGAGUCUGAGACGCUGCCCUCUGCAAAAACGGUGGACAAGUAGCUGAGAGCCUGGCUCUCUUUUGGCUGGAUCGAGGGGUAGCUUCUUAUACUUAAACGGAUGGCAUGAGAUUCUCACAUCCCACGGAGCAGUUGUUGCCGUACGUGGAGGAUCAAGGUCCAUGAAGAUUAAUUAUAAGCAGGGAAUUUAGAGAACUUGAAAGAUAUGUUGCACACUAAUCAAAUUUGGUUUUGCAGGAAAUGUAGAAUACUCGGAAACAGUUAAAGCUUCUUCUCUAGCAAUUGUUUCUAAUGGUGAUCAAGAACAUUGAAAAACUCACUUUCUAUAAACGAGGAUUGACCGGUCCAGUUGAUGCUGAGCCUG